AUGGCAGUAGCUCCGCCCUCCGGAGGNGGGUUAAAGAUUGUUUAUCUUCUACCUCAAUGUGCAUCACAGUCACCUGCUUCUGGAGAUGGUAAUCUUCUAGGACAUUUGUGCAGAAUGCAGGAGAAGAAUGGAACAGAAGCAAUAAGAAAGUUGUGUGAAGGUUCUGGGAGUUAUUUUCCAAUCAUUAUCACAGAUGCUGGCUACCAGACUUUUGGUAAUGUUACAAAAGAUGAUGAUAAUUUCAUGGACUUUCGCUCAGUAGUUGAAUCUGCAGGAGGCAUAUUUCUCGGUACUAAACAGGAACAAUACAGUUUGAGAGUGGAUAAAGUAGGCAAUGAGUUCAUUAUGCAGAAAGUAGAAUUUGAUCCAAGGUUCAAAACACAGGCAGAAAAUACUAUCAAACUUGUCAGAAUAGUAAGAUGUAAAAAUGAAAAUUUGCAUGCUGCUCUAAAACAGAAGUACCAGAUACUGGACAGUGUUCUGGAACUAUCUUAUCUUGAUCCUCUCUAUGAUUCUGAAUCUUCUCCAUCCAAAUAUACUGCUUUAGCUGCAGUAUGUGCUGGUCUAUACAAUGUUGAACACCCUGGAUUUCCUCUCAUAUUUCUAAAAGAAGAUCAAAAAAUUUUUAAAGCUGAGCAAAUUCUAAGAAAUUUCAUGACUGAGAAUUUUUUGAUGCACAUUGAGUUCAAUCAAGGCUGGGGAGAAGUAAAGUAUCAAGAUUUUCAUGAACAAUUUACUUUCCCAUACAUAAAUGAUUCCUCUAAAGUAAACCAGAUAUUUGAGGUAACAACCUCAGUUCAUGCCCUUCUGAAAGGAAAGCAAGUUGCAUCUCAUCUUAGAAAAUGUGAAGUGGAUCGGAUGCAGGAUAUUGAUGGUUUUGAUGAUCUAAAAGAUCUGUUGAAGGUUCUUCCAGCUACAAUUAAGGUCAAAUUUAAGAGACUGGAUAAUCCUCCUUCCAAGUAUGAAGAGCUAUAUGAAGAAGGUAUUCUUCCACCUUGGCCUGGAGCAGGAACACUCUAUAAGAUAACUUGUGCUCCAUCCAACAAGUCUGAUAGUAUAUCUUCAAAACUGUUGGAUGUUUUCACUGUAUCAACUGUCCAUCUGUAA